AUGAUCAUGGGAUCUUCAAAAGCCCUCAAGAAUCCCAAGACCAAAUCCCAAGGUCAUCUCCAAGAGAAUCCUUUUGACAAUAUCCUUCCUAGCUCAAGACUUCUGUACAACACAAUGAAAAAGAUCAGCAGUGAAACAUUAGAUGGUCUCACAAGAGAGUAUGAAUUCUUGGGCAGCCAUAUCAAGGCGGGAAUCAGUGUGGAGACCAAGGAGGAGAUCAAUCCUUUUUUUUUUGCUGAAUUGGGGUUCCCAUCUCUGGUUGUCUUGAUAAAGGACAAGGAAAAUCAGCAUCAAAGAAACUUGUAUUGGUUUUCCCUUGCAAAUUUUUGUCUAUCUGAGGUCCUGAAAUAUUGGGAAAUCAAUCACCCUUCCCUGUAUACCAAAGUUUACAUCUUAGAUGGCGGGUUCAAGAAUUAUGUUACAAUCUUGGAACCCAAUUGGAAGGGUGUUCACCAUCCUCAAAUCCAGUCUUGGAACUGCUCAAAUCAUAACUUGGACAUUAAUCAUUUUAAAAUGAAAGAGAAAGAUGCUUUUUGUAAGAAGAAGACUUACACACUCUUGGAUGUCAAUGGGCAAAUGAAUCUGGGGACAUUUGAGGACAUACCUGGUUCACCAACUAUUGCAAUGAGUUAA